AUGCCGGCGCUACCUCCGGGCAGCAGCGUCACCAGGUAGCAGACGAUGGCGGUGACCUGCACGGCGGCUCCGAGCGCUGUCAGAGCAGUGCUGUGGAGGCUCAGCGCGGCGUACAAAGUCUCUCCAAGGGCGCACAAGUAGACUGCAGCCCCGGGUGAAGUAGGCACACUGGCGGCCAGCUUGCUGGGUCCGCGGAGCAUCGCGGCGGCCAAGAUGGCGAAAAGCGAACCGAGCGACCAGAGCAGCGCGAAUUUGCGCGCGUAGAGCAGCAGCAAAGGCGCGUAGAAGACCGACAGACAGAAACACAGCGCCGACAAUGCCGCGCACAUCCCGAAGAUCACCAGCCGCUGGCUUCGGCUCAUGCCGGGAAGGCAGGGGUCCGGCUCGGCAGACCACGGCCAACUGCCGCUCUGCGCCGCAGCGGUACUACCGCGGCUUCCCGACCAAGUACUUGACCACCGGCCGAACCAACUCCCAGGGACCGGCUCCGGGUCGUCUAGGUCCACCGUGGUACUGGAGCGAGAUUGGGAGAUUGUCUUGGCGGUACCGCCGCCCUUAGACUGGGCCAAAUACUCCUGCAGCUGCCGGUUCAACUCCGCCAUGACGCGUCUAGACAAGCAGGAAAGCUAACUUGCUAACGUCUUCCGCUCAGCUUCUUUUUCGUGGAAUCUUUUACAAGGUUAAAGACAUUCUGUUUGGCGACUUCCAGCGGAUGGAAGAAACAUUACAGCUCCUUUCUCAAAUCAUUUAUCACAGCUUUUCAUUUAUCGUAUUUUUUGUUGACAUGCAUGCAACAGCGAUGAAAGUGGAGUUUUAGUGUAAACUGGAAUUUAUACCUAAAUUAUAUUUAAAUGCAGUGGUGGGCAGCACAUUGUGUACCUGGGCCUUCAGUGGAGACUUACCUGGCCAGAUUUUAUUUCGGCAGAAAGCUAAAUUAAUUCAUUUUGAGUUGCUACAAUGACAUUUUGGCAAAAUGGACCAGUGUGCUGCAUCAUUUUUUCACUUUCAUUUUUGGGGUGUCUUUGAUUCCCCCCCUCUAUAGGGUGAUCAUUUUCAUUUCUAUCAAAUUAUGUGGCAUCAGUUUGUUACUAAUACAUCACCCCCUUUCUAUCAGGAAAGAUAUUCAACAUCAUUUUUCCCCCAGUUUAGAUCUGAUGUGUUUUCGAAGUGUUCCUUUAAUUUUUUUGAGCAGUGUAUUUAAUAUGUAAAUAAGAACGUGCAGUAGUUUGACUUAAAUGUUUGAAUAGCUCUGUAUUCCUCAGUAUUCUUUCAGGAAUUGGGGAAAGCGGUAAAGAAAAUGGAUGGUUAGAUUUCACAUGUCUGUUAAAAAACAAAAUUGUGGGGUUCACAAAAACAUUUAAGUCUCUUCCAAAAUGUUUUGCUAUGACUGUACAUCUUUUAAAUAGCUUCUAAUUGCGUCGCAUUCCAGUACUUUGUACUGUGACGUUCCGUACAGGAAGUGACGCUACGAACCGAGGCGGGGUUUUCCGACAGAGUUCGGCAGAACUCGGCUCUUGUCGGUUUGCUGGCAUCCCGCCCUCCGCAGCCGAGCAAGAGCAGAAGAAUCGGCGCGGUUGAACAGCUCGGAACCAAACGGAAGGCUUAGAGUGCACCUCGUGGGAUUCACAAACCAGAACGGAAAGGUUGUUCGCUUUCAAUGAAUGAGCUCGCGUGAAACAGAACCAUGUACCAGGUCCAGGGGAAAGGGCAACGUGUCGUUGCCAUGGUGCUGAUGGAGCGUCCUGCUAAAAAGAGGUCUGCAGAAGGAGUCCCCCUCCUCGCCGGGACAACCAAGUUGGUCGCUGAGCAUCAAGAGAGCCGACCGCUGCUGAGUCCCUCCAUUGAUGACUUCCUGUCGGAGAGCUGCGGUGACUCCACCUCUGUGUGCCCCCUAUCCUCCGACACCUCAGUUGUGGAUCUCAGCGAAGGUGAGGACGGAGGCGGGAAUGACAAGAGGAGCCCAUUGAGGAGGGUCGAAAGCGCCGAACCAAUCCGGUUGGAGGCAGAUCAUCCUCCUGCUUGUUACGGAACACCGGAAAAGACUUCAGCGGACUCCGUGUUGGACACGUGGCAUGAGUCCAACACGUACCUGGAUGACGACGGGAGGGGGUGUGAGACACGAGGCCGUUCCUGCCAUACGUCUGGCGAAUUGCUGUGCGACCCUCACAUGAAGAAGUUGUUGGAUGCUCGCAGUUUGGAUGAUUUGGACUUAGAGUCGUCCAGACAGGACAGCGGCACAUCCAUGUGUCGUAGACGGACUCGCUCCAUGUUGGCCAAAAGUGAGUCGCUGGAGGACGAGUUUGUGAGAGCCAAGGCUGCUGUGGAGUCGGACACACAAUUCUGGGACAAGAUGCAGGCCGAGUGGGAGGAGCUUGCUCGGAGGAACUGGCUGGAGGAGACACAGGGUCAGAGGUUGACUCUGUCCACCACCUCACCUGUGGGAGAGGCUUACAGUUUUAGUGCUAACAAUCCAUACAAAGACCACGGCGCCGCCUUUGCUGAAGCUCAGGAGAAAGUUGUUGAGGGAGAUUUGAAUGACGCCGUUCUUUUGCUGGAGGCGGCCAUCUUGCAGGACCCGUUGGACUCCGAGGCAUGGCAGGUUCUGGGAACAACUCAGGCCGAGAACGAGAACGAACAGGCCGCCAUUGCAUCGCUGCAGAGGUGUCUGGAGCUCCGCCCCGACAACCUUCAGGCGCUUAUGGCAGUGGCGGUAAGCUUCACCAACAGCGGCCUGCAACGCCACGCCUGCGGCGCCCUCUACCAAUGGUUGAGACACAACCCUCGCUAUGCCCACCUCAUCCAUCCCUCAGCAGCAACCAGUCCUUCGCUGCAAGACGUGUUGCUUGUCUUCCAGGAGGCAGUUGAGUUGAACGUGGACUGUGUGGAUCCAGACCUGCAGACAGGACUCGGCGUUCUGUUCAAUCUGAGUUGUGACUUCAACAAGGCGGUGGAGGCAUUCAGUGAGGCGCUGUCCGUCACGCCUCAGGACUAUCUGCUGUGGAACCGUCUUGGUGCUACGCUGGCCAAUGGGAAUCGGAGUGAGGAGGCGGUGGAGGCGUACACGAGAGCUCUAGAGCUGCAGCCCGGUUUCAUCCGUUCUCGGUACAACCUGGGCAUUAGCUACAUCAACCUGGGGGCCCACAGGGAGGCGAUCACUAACUUCCUGAUCGCGUUGAACCAGCAAAGACGAAGCCAGAGCUGCAGUCAGAACCAGAUGUCGGCCAAUAUCUGGGCCGCCUUACGGAUCGCCGUCUCCAUGAUGGAUCAACCCGAAUUUUUCCAGGCCGCCGAUGUUGAGGACUUAGACCAGCUUAUGGUGGCGUUCCACGUGGAAGACGUGUGACAAUGUCCCGAUGCUGGGACAUUGGCAAAGCAGGUUCUGGAUGAGCUGGAGGUUGGACCAAAGAUGACACAAUACAACACAAGCCAACCCGAAAAGUCCUGAUAAAACACACACUGUCAACCAACAGAGCAUACACCUUGAUGUCACACCUCUAAGAGACACGCCCACUGUGAUGUCACUCUGAGACAUGCCCACCAUGAUGUCACAGCUCAGACAGUAAGGAGCUUUUUAAGGGCAGUUUGUCACAUGACCAAACAAGUUUACGAGAAGGCAGAACAAUGUGUUUGAUGUUUGAUAUGAUGACACAUGACCAGGGAUGUCAUGUUUUUGUUUCACUUUCUUCCAAGCAAAGCCAUACAAGUGGCACCUCCUGCAGGUCGACAAGAGAGCGGCUUCAGUCAUCAUGACUCAGUUUGACCCACGGGUUACAGACCUGCCAAUGUGUAUGCAUUUUUACUCAUAUUCAUAAACUAAUAAAAUACUCAUUAAAAAUACUCAUAUAAUCAACUCAUGCACAUUUUAAGGUUGGCAGGUCUGUAGGUGGCGCCAAGCUGUAACAGCAGCUCAGCAGCUCUUGGUUGAGUGCCCUCAGGUGUGUUAUUUUUCACAAAGUGAGCAUGAAGUGCAAUAUUUAUACUUUGAAUUGUUUUAAAAUAAUUUGUUUUGGAAAUAUUAUUCUGUUCAAUCUAGCUGAUUGACUUUAUUUAGAAUAACCCCCAUGCACACAUAUACACCUUCUAAUGUUGCUUUUUGAACUCUGGCAAUAAUUAAUAAUCACCGAUUAAACUACACAAACUGCUGCUGUUGAUUCUUUGCUCAAAUUGACGGCCUCUGGUGGCAGGUGGCAGUUUUGCACAUCUAGAGACUGACAUUUUUGCCCAUUCUUCCUUGCAAAACAUCUUCAGCUCAGUAAGGUUAAAUGGAGAGCGUUUGUGAACAGCAGUUUUCAGAUCAUUCCACCGAUUCAAGUGUGGAUGUUGACUUGGCCAUUCUAACACCUGGAUAUGUUUAGGAUCAUUGUCUUGUUGGAAGGUAAACCUCCGUCCCAGUCUAAGGUUUUUUGCAGACUCCAACAGGUUUUCUUCCAAAAUGGCCUUGUAUUUGGCUCCGUCCAUCUUUCCGACAAUUGUAACCAUCUUCCCUGUCUCUGCUGAAGAAAAACAGCUCCAGACCAUGAUGCUGCCACCACCAUGUUUGACAGUGGGGAUGGUGUGUUCAGGUUGAUGUGCAGUGAUACUUUUACACCAAACAUAACAUUUUUCAUUUUGCCCGAAAAGCUCAAUUUUGGUUUCAUCUGACCACAGCACCUUCUUCCACAUAUUUGGUGUGUCCCCCAGACGGCUCAUGGCAAACUUCAAUAGGGACUUUUUAUGGAUUUAUUUGAGAAAUGGCUUUCUUCUUGCCACUCUUCCAGAAAAGCCAGAUUUGUGCAGUGUGCGACUGACUAAUAGUUGUCCUAUGGACAGAUUCCCCCACCUCAGUAGUAGAUCUCUACAGUUCAUCCAGAGUGAUCAUGGGCCUCUUGGCUGCAUCUUUGAUCAGUGCUCUCCUUGUUUGGGCUGAAAGUUUAUAGGGACGGCCAGGUCUUGGUAGGUUUGCAGUGGUCUGAUCCUCUUUCCAUUUCAAUAUGAUUGGUUGAACAGUGCUCCGUGAGAUGUUUAAAGCUUGUGAAAUCUUUUUAUAUCCUAAUCCCGCUAUGAACCUCUCCACAACAGUAUCUUGGACCUGCCUGGUGUGUUCCUUGGUCUUCAUGAUGCCGUUUGCGCUUCAAACAGACCUAUCACAGAGCAGGUGCAUUUAUACUGAGACUUGAGUACACACAGGUGGGCUCUAUUUAUCAUCAUCAGUCAUUUCGGUCAACAUUGGACCAUUCAGAAAUCCUCAGGGAAAUUCUGGAGUGAGUUGACUCUGCUUCUUCCUACUCCUUUUGGGCAUACAGAACUGUGAAUUGUACUGUGAUGUAUUCUAAUGUAACUUGUAUGCAUGUUCAAAAUAAAUUAAACCAUUACCAUUACCCGUUUCCUCAAUCCGAGGGAGGUGGGGACAGUAUAAAGAUGAUUCUAAGCUGAAAGCGGGCAGACAUCUUUGGAAAGAGCCAUGAGAAGUUGAGAUGUCUCCUUUUUCUGGAUGG